AUGGCCCAAAAGAAUUCCCCAAUCAUCAUCGUCGGCGGGGGACUAGCUGGCUUGGUCGCCGCUUUCGAACUAUCCAAACGCGAAGUCCACACUGUCAUUAUAGACCAAGAGAAUGAAGCCAGUCUAGGCGGACAAGCGUUUUGGUCUCUUGGGGGCUUGUUCUGCGUGAACUCAGCGGACCAGCGUCGGCUGGGUAUCCAAGAUAGUCGCAAGCUUGCUCUGGAGGACUGGUUCAAUAGCGCACGGUUUGAUAGAGAAUGUGACUUCUGGCCUAGGAAAUGGGCGGAAGCAUUUGUGAAUUUUGCGGCUGAUCAUAUGGAGCGUUAUAUCAAAUCGUUGGGGUCUACUGGUGCUGUCAUCGGUGUACGAGGUCAAGUGCUUGAACCGUCUGACACAGCACGUGGUGUAGCAAGCAGCCGAAAGAGCAUCGACACGUUCGAAGUGUACGGCAGCGCAGUGCUUAUUGCAAGUGGAGGCAUCGGCGGCAAUGUAGACUUGGUUAAGAAGAACUGGCCCGUUGAUCGACUCGGGACCCCACCGUCAAACUUCGUUAUCGGUGUCCCUGCACAUGUGGACGGACGCAUGAUUGAGAUUGCAAAAGAUGCUGGGGCCAACGUAAUCAAUGAAGAUCGCAUGUGGCACUACACUGAAGGCUUACAGAAUUGGGAUCCGAUCUGGCCACAGCAUGGGAUACGAAUUAUCCCAGGGCCCUCCUCGCUAUGGUUGGAUGCCACAGGCAAACGGCUUCCUCCAAUGCUCUACCCUGGAUGCGAUACCCUUGCCACUUUAAAGCACAUAUGCAACACUGGCUAUGACUAUACAUGGUUUGUACUUGAUAAAACAAUCAUUGGCAAGGAAUUCGCACUCUCAGGCUCCGAGCAGAACCCGGAUUUGACAGGCAAAAGCAGACUAAGAACGCUCUACCGAAUGCUUGGCUCCGCGGUCCCUGGUCCUGUUCAAGCCUUCAUGGAUAAAGGGGUAGAUUUCGUGGUGGAGCCAACAUUACCCAAACUGGUGGCUGGGAUGAACAAACUUGCCAAGGAACGAGACGGUCCUCCUCUAGACGUUGAGAAGAUCGAACGCGAGAUCCACCUCCGCGAUAUGCAAAUUGACAACAAGUUUACGAAAGAUGCUCAAAUAAUGCUUAUUCAGAAUGGGCGCAACUACUGGCCAGAUCGUCUUGGCCGGGUGGCUAAGCCGCACAAGCUCGCGGAUCCGUCUCACGGUCCAUUUGUCUCUGUACGUCUGAACCUCCUUACUCGUAAGACUCUGGGAGGUCUUGAGACGGAUUUGCACGGGAGGGUACUUCGCCCGGAUGGAUCACCUUUCCCAAACCUGUACGCUGCAGGCGAGGUCUCGGGGUUCGGCGGUGGUGGAGUGCAUGGUUAUAGUGCGCUUGAAGGAACUUUCUUAGGAGGCUGUAUCUUCUCAGGGCGAACGGCAGGUAUCCGAAUGGCAGAAGAGGUGGCGGGAAAGGCACCACGGUCUGCUUUGUAG